AUGUCGUCUCCUGGCAGGGACUGCCCGACUCCCAACAACACAGGCGGUGGAGACCGCCAACGACCUGGUUAUUGCUCUUGCCUUGGGUCACCAAAUGCCGGCAGGUGCUUCACCGACGAUUUCUCGUCUGGUGGACAUGAUCAUGCCCGCAUCAGGGCCGAGGAGACACCAUUCUUUCGCCGCACCACUGGCUUUAACGAAGCUCCGCACCGCCCUUCCUAUGUGCCGCCGACCAUCUCGCCGCUUCGGUCAGUGCCAAGCCCGACACAAAUCAGUGGCAUGUUCGGCAGCCCGCUAGGAACACCAACAACGGCUGAGACCAACCAGUCAUCGUCUUUCGGAUAUCAACCUGGGCUAUAUCAGCAACGCCAGGACCUGGAUGGCCUCUAUCGCGGUUGGGAGGCCCCUCAGGUCUUCAAUUCACUAACUGCUUCUCGUCGUCAUUUGUCGUCCCAAAGCGCGACGCCCGUAGCACAGAACAACACGGAGAAUCGAGGUCGUACGGAGCCCGGACACAAUAGCGGCGCACGUGGUAUUGCCCAUGGUACCAGCCAUGCACCAGCUGUUCCUUCACAUAUUGCAGCUCCUCGCAGUGUUCUUGAUGCCGCGCCUGCACUUACCAGCGCCGCCGCGAGGUUACAUCAGCCUCCAGCCCGCAGGAACGUGAGUCUGGACCCUUUUAGCUUUGAAGGCCCUCGCUUGGUCCAUACUGUGGCUCCACCAUCGCGUCUGUCCGUGUCAAGCCGCUCUGGGUACAAUGUGCCACGGCUGGCGGAACCACCCAGCGCUGCUGUCCCACCUGCGGCGCUGAUCUCACCACGCGGCGGCAAACGCAAGCGCGAGGACAGGGAGGCACAGGAGCAGCAGCUGUUGAAGCGCGCCCGCGAUGAUGCCGACGAGAGAAUUGGCGAUGUUCACUUUAUCCGCGGUCCGCGGUCCGAGGCUUUCUACUACGACGGCGUCGAGCACACGGAGGUAACCAUUCAGUAUUCGAUCUCGGUACCCACGGCGUCGAUUGAGCCGAACGGCCGGUUUGGUGACGUCAACUGGCUCAGCGCUGGCAGUGAGACGGACAGCGACGUUGACGAUGGAUAUAGACACUCGGGACGAGGAAGGUGGGAUCUGAUUUGA